AUGGCACGCGCGCGGCGGUGGAGGCGGCGACGAGAAACGUAUGUAUUGUUUGUUGUAAGCAGACUGUUACUGUUACUGUGGGCACACAAGGCUGGUUGCCAUGAUCGCCCAGCACAGCAGCGCGUGAUCCAAUCUGGACGAGUGCCACUGGCUGCCGGGCGGCGCACGGCGAUCGACGGCCACGACCGCGGCGCAGACAACGCGGUCUUGUACCGCAGAGCAGAUGCGCUGGGAACGGUGCCUGGCGGCGACUGGGCGGCGUCUGGUCCUGGCGAGCCAGUCUUCCAAGAUGUGCGGCGUGCCAUCAGAUGCUCGCCCUUGAAUAUGACUAAACGGGGAGAGGUGCGGGCGGGCGUGCGACGGUGCACGCGCAGGGCUGCGCUCGCUGCCUCGACAGCGGCGGGCGUGGGCGUAGGCGGGGGCGACGACGGAGCACAGCACCGGUCGGGGGCACUGAUUGCGCGACAAGCAAUUGAGGGCGCCGGAUAUGGCAAUCAUGCAUGCAUCAUCGAGGACAAGCGCGGCUGUUUGGAUCCAUCUCUGGCGUACCUGGGGACUGGAUCCGACGCGCCGCGAGAGCCCUCCGCGACGGGAGCGAGCCAGUCGCGACGAAGCGCGCGGGGACACGGAGGGCUUCCCAGGGUCCCAGCCAGAUCUGGCGAUGGAGGGCUGCAGCCUCCCUCGUACCGCUGCCGUGGAUCGCGCGCAGGGGACCCGUUAAAUAGCACCGCACGCCUCUCGAUCGCCGUCAUUGCGCUUUAUCCAUUCGUCCCGCCUGUCGCCGCUUGCAUUAUCGUACCCGUGCUACGAGCCCCGCAUCUCCGUCUGCGCCACUGUCUGCCCUCCGCUGCUGCUGCUCGCUUGCUCUCGAUGAUUGACACGCCCGCGCCGCCCCAGCCGCUGAACAGUUACAACGUCGCGCAGCUCCAGUACGCGCUUCGCCCGCCGCGCUCGUUUUCUGUCUGCCGUCCGCGCUGCCAGCCAUGGUCGCUCAUCGUCCUCUUCAUUAGCAGCGAAGGCGCCAAGAACACGGCGAUCGACCAACUCUCUUCUGACGUCCACGUCGUCGACUAUUUCUCCGCAUCAGCGUCCCCCGCCCUCCUCCACGCCCAGCCCCAGGAGCAGGAGAUCGACUACGCGUCCCGCCGCAUGUCCAGUUCCGCGACCUCGGACAGCAGCCUCCAAUCCCGCCCCGACAAGCGCGCCCUCUCCCCCUCCAACUCCCCUCUGCCCAAGCGUCCCCGCCCCGCCGUCCACCUCGACCCCACCGCGUGGGUCGCGCAGACUUCCGCAUCGGGUGGCACAGGCUACCGCAUCUGGUCGCACAGGCUACCGCAUCUGGUCGCACAGACUUCCGCAUCGGGGGCGCAGCAGCGUCCGGUGAUCCCGCACAGCCGCCCGCCGCCACGAAAAUACAUCGUGCAGCUGGACGCGGGCGGGCGGGCGUGGGGGCACGCUGCGACGGAACGGGCAGGCGUGAUCCCCCGGGGCCCAGGGACCCAGAGCAGGCAGCGUCAGCGGCGGGUGACUGUACCCUGGGUGUGGCAGUCUGCGUCUAUCUAUCGCGCCGCGCCACGGGCCCUCGAGCGUGCGGGGCCCUAA